AUGGUGCUGAGAUCACCGCCUCUGGCGCAGUCAUUCUUGGGGAUGAGCCGUGCUCAGAUCCAACGAGGCGCUCUCAGAGAUGUCCACCAUCUACCUGCACCAGUAUCGCCCAUGCUGAUCUGGAGCAAGCGGUCGUUCUCCUCAGGGUCAUCCCGGUAUCUCCCUGCUCCAGCGAUUGGAGGCCCUGCUGGCUCUACAACAGCAUACUUUCAGCGACCUACAUUACCUGCCAAUACUAUCAUCCGAUUUGUGCCGCAGCAGACUGCAUGGAUUGUGGAGCGGAUGGGAAAAUUCAACCGCAUCUUAAAACCUGGGCUUGCUAUCUUGAUCCCAUUCAUAGAUCGAAUAGCAUAUGUUCAAAGCUUGAAAGAGUCUGCCAUGGAGAUACCGAGUCAGAGUGCAAUCACUGCCGAUAACGUCACGUUGGAGCUGGAUGGCGUACUCUACACCAGGGUUUUCGAUGCCUACAAGGCAAGCUACGGAGUCGAAGACGCCGAGUAUGCUAUCUCCCAACUGGCCCAAACUACCAUGCGCUCGGAAAUCGGCCAGCUCACUCUUGACCACGUCCUCAAAGAACGAGCCGCUCUCAACACAAAUAUCACACAAGCCAUCAACGAAGCUGCUCAAGACUGGGGAGUAACAUGUCUGCGUUACGAGAUCCGAGACAUCCAUGCUCCUGAAGGCGUGGUUGCUGCCAUGCAUCGACAAGUGACGGCGGAAAGAUCAAAGCGCGCCGAAAUCCUUGACUCGGAAGGGCAAAGACAGAGCGCUAUCAACAUCGCAGAAGGGAGAAAGCAGUCCGUUAUUCUCGCAUCAGAAGCCAUGAAGAGCGAGCAGAUUAACUUGGCUUCCGGUGAAGCAGAAGCAAUAUUUGUGAAGGCGCAGGCUAGGGCCAGAGGAAUUGACGCAGUAGCUCACUCGAUCAAACAAGGCAAAGAGAGUGCCCAGGCGGCAGUCAGCUUGAGCGUUGCGGAAAAGUAUGUGGAAGCUUUCAGCCAGCUGGCGCGCGAAGGCACUGCGGUUGUUGUGCCAGGAAACGUUGGCGAUAUGUCGGGAAUGAUUGCAAGCGCAAUGGCGGUUUAUGGGAAGGUCAAUGAGAGCCAGAAGAGGUUGAGGCAUGAGAAUAGCAAGGGUGAACAAGGCGCAAGCGUGGUGGAGGCUGAGCAUGAAGAACAUGAAGGGAAGAGCGACGAGAUGGCUAAAUCUGUGCUGGAGAGCUUUGACAUAACAAGAAAAGCGAAUAGAAACUUCGACAGACGCUCCAAGCAUGCGCGAAGUUCGACCAUCGCGGCGGCAGUCAUGCAUAUAAUCAAGCCCAUUUGGCUAACUCAUGGAGGUGAGAAGAAGGACUUCGAGGUCUACAGUUGCCAUGUCUCCCCAGAUGGAAACCGCCUUGUUACAGCUGCCGGAGAUGGUUACGUCCGAAUAUGGUCGACCGAUGCGAUCUACAAUACGGCUAGCCUUUCCUACUCCAAACCGAAGCAGUUGGCGUCCAUGAGCUAUCAUUCAGGCACGAUCCACGCCGUCCGUUUCUCGCCUUCCGGGCGGUACGUUGCCUCGGGAGCAGAUGACAAGAUCGUCUGUAUCUAUGUGCUGGAUCCUAACCAAUCCUCGCACUCCUCCGCCUUUGGCUCAAAUGAGCCACCUCCCGUGGAGAAUUGGAGGAUCUUCCGGCGUCUCAUAGGACAUGACAAUGAUGUACAAGACCUCGGCUGGUCCUGCGAUGGCUCGAUACUGGUAUCGGUAGGGCUAGACUCCAAGGUGGUGGUGUGGUCAGGUCAUACAUUUGAGAAGCUCAAGACACUCUCUAACCACCAAAGUCAUGUCAAGGGCCUGGCCUUCGACCCUGCCAAUAAAUACUUUGCGACGACCAGUGAUGAUCGAACAAUGAAGAUUUUCCGUUUCACCAGCCCCGGGCCCAACUCAAGCGCUCAUGACCAGAUGAAUAAUUUCGUGCUCGAGACCACCAUCAGUGCACCCUUCGCCAACUCCCCGUUAACUACGUACUUUCGCAGGUGUAGCUGGGGCCCUGACGGACAGAACAUCGCGGCUGCCAAUGCCGUCAACGGACCAGUCAGCUCGGUGGCUAUAAUCAACCGGGGAACUUGGGACGGAGACAACGGAUUGAUUGGACAUGAGGCCCCAGUGGAAGUGUGUGCCUUCUCCCCAAGACUGUAUCGUCGCCUUGUGGGGGCACCCGGCAAAGAAGGGCAACCAGCUCAGCAUGUCACUGUCAUCGCCUGUGGUGGCGCAGACAAAUGUCUUAGUAUUUGGACGACAACAAGUCCAAGGCCACUUGUCGUCACGCAGGACAUGACAGGCAAAGCAAUAUCGGAUCUCGCGUGGAGUCCUGAUGGCAUGUCAUUGUUUGUCACAUCUCUAGAUGGAUCAAUAGUUACCCUUCGCUUUGACGAGGCAGAACUUGGCCAUCCGCAAGAAGUUGAAGAGAAUGAGCGCUCUCUGGCAAAAUACGGAACUGGUAGAAAGGGUGUCGGUAUCAUCGAAACGCCAGAUGGCUUGUUGUUGGAAGAAAAGAGUAAAGCUGGUGAGCUGAAAGGAGUUGAAGGUCGAAUGGGGGCGCUUAUGGGAGAUGCUCAAUCCUCCCAGUCAGCAGUCGAUGGCGCUCCUCAGGCCGAUGGCGGUCUUCCUGCAAAUAUGCCCAAUGCAGUCAACGGGACCAUCAAUGGAGAAGCGGCCACCAAGGACAGACCAGACCCAAAUCAAGCCAAGCUAGAAAGACUGAAACAGAGAGUCGAGAUUACCAAGGAUGGGAAGAAAAGAAUUAAACCAUUGCUGGUCUCGAGCACUGGGGCGGCAGAGUCUUCCUUGCCUCAGACAAGACUUGUGAAUGCUGCGGCAGGAAACCAUGCAGCAGGCGCCGAUGCACCGCAGUCAGUCAUUGAUCUUUCGAAACCAUUCGACGGGCUACCCAAAGGUGGCCUGGCCACGCUCCUACUUGGGAACAAGCGCAAGUUGGCACAGCUUGAAACCGACGAUGACGGGCACGCUGAGAAGAGGAUUGCUAUGGCCAGUAGAAAUGGGGCAACGCCAAUUGUCACGAAUGGUCCUGAUGGACUUCUCCCUGCACAGCCGGAAGCUUCUGUCACCGGACGACAGCCAACCCCUGAGUUCAUUCGUCCUGCUGUGGUGAACCCCGUGCUCUCGGUCAGCCAGCUGCGACUUGCUAUCCCCAAAGUCAGGAGCGUGAUUGUGCAAGCUGUAGAUGCUGCUGGCAAUCCGACAUCUGCUCCUUCCACCACCGAUGUGGCUGCGAAGUCUAAAUCCGACCUUGUUUUUGAGGCACGGAAUCCGCCUGCGCAGUUAAUUACUAACAGACCUCAAGAUCGCGAGCCCACCAGAAUUACCUUAUCCAGACGUGAACAACCCAUCUGGCAGGACUUCCUACCAAAAACGGUGCUGCUGGCUACAGGCAACAAAGACUUCUGGGCCGUUGCUGACGAAGCUGGAUCGGUGAACAUUUGGACACCAGCAGGCAGGCGAAUGGUCAAUCCUCUUGUGCUCGAAGCUCAACCAGUGAUUCUCGAGUCCAAGGGAUUGUGGCUUCUCUGCAUAACUGCGGUUGGAAUGUGCUACGUCUGGAAUACGAAAACCAUGUCAUCUCCUCACCCUCCGGUCUCGUUAGCCCCAGUUCUUGACGCUGCUGUCCAUUCUUUAACUGUCCAUGCUACCGGUGCGCCGGCAAUUACCAACGCAAGGUUGAGCUCGGAAGGCAGGAUUGUUAUUUCUCUGAGCAACGGAGAAGGCUACGCUUACUCGCCACAAAUGUACACCUGGCAACGACUCAGCGAAGUGUGGUGGGCGGUGGGCAGUCAAUACUGGAACACCACCGACGCCUCCGUUGGCAAUAUCAAGCACGCCGAUAAGCAUAAAGAUGCCCUGGAGGAUGUCCAGAAUGUGUCUGCAGGGAUCAUUCCGUUCUUGGAGCGGAAUACAACCAAUGAAGCGUUGGUACGUGGUCGAGCGUAUUUCUUACAGCGACUCAUCAAAAUGCUGCUCUCACGUGAAGGCUUUGAGGGCUUAGAAUCAGGCAUUUCGAUCGCUCAUCUUGAGAACCGGUUAGCCGCCGCAUUAAUGCUGGGUGCACGAGAGGAAUUCAGGUUGUAUCUGCUCAUGUAUGUCAAACGUCUUGGUGCCGAGGGAUUGCGAGGAAAGGUGGAGGAGCUUUUGCGAACCCUACUUGGAGGCAUCACGGAAGACGAGAACAGCCCACAGGAGCACGGGAAUGAGAGGACAUGGCAGGACAACAAGGACACCAUCUGUGGCUGGGAGAGGAAUGUUCUGUUGAGGGACGUGGUUUUAGUUCUGGGUAAACACCGUGACCUGCAACGAGUCAUGGUCCCUUAUGCACAGCUUCUCGGCGUAAUGGAUGCAGACAUUCAGAGAUCAGACGCAAUGGUCUCCUAG